AAGCCCAUUAUAUAUACAAUCAUCAUCAUCAUCAUAGGCUGCAGCAAGAACACAUCAUGGCUUCAUCAAACAGGCACUGGCCCAGUCUGUUCAAGUCCAAGCCUUGCAACACCCACCAGCAAUGGCAGCAUGACAUCAACUCAUCAGCCCUCCUUUCUGGUGCCUGCCACAAGAGCCCCUAUUCAUCAGGGUGCGAGGAGAGGAGCCCGGAGCCGAAGCCACGGUGGAACCCGAAGCCGGAGCAGAUCCGGAUCCUGGAGGCGAUCUUCAACUCCGGCAUGGUGAACCCGCCGCGCGACGAGAUCCGCAAGAUCCGGGCCCAGCUCCAGGAGUACGGCCAGGUCGGCGAUGCCAACGUCUUCUACUGGUUCCAGAACCGCAAGUCCCGCAGCAAGCACAAGCUCCGCCACCUCCACCCCCACCCCCCGGCCGCCUCCUCCCGAUCCCGAUCCCAAUCCCAAUCCACCGCCUCCUCGACGUCCUCCGACAAGUCCUCGGGCGCCUCCGAUAAGACCCCGAUCGCAUCCGUCGCUUCCGUCGCCUUAACAACCGUUACGGAUCGACCGACGCCGCCACCGCCGCAGAUGACCAAUCAAUUGGAGCCGAUCGGUCACGUCUACUACGACUUCGGCGCCGCCGCGGCGACUGCGGAGCCUUUCUUUCUCCAGGGGGGGUUGGGAUUGUGGAGUGAGCUCAUGAUGGAGCAAGAGGAGGGGGAGGAGGGGUGCAAGGUUAAUAGUACUGCUAACAAGGAAGAGGAGGAGGAGGAGGAGGAGGAGGAGGAUGGGGAGGGUAAGGGUAAUAAGAACAUGGAGCUGCACCAUUUCUAUGAUAUUGAUGUUGCAACAAGCGCUUCUAAUGCUUCUGCUUCUGCUGCUAUGUCCCAUUUAGUUGCCGAAACAAGCAAGUUCAUGAAAGAAUCUAAGCAUGUUAGCGGCGGCGGCGCGACGGCGAUCGCAGCGGCGGUGGCGAGGUCGACGGUGUUCAUAAAUGAGGUGGCGUUUGAGGUGGUGGUGAGCCCGUUGAACGUCAGGGAGGCGUUCGGCGAGCACGCCAUCCUCCUCCACGCCUCCGGCCACCCUGUCCUCACCGACGAAUUCGGCGUCACCCUCCAACCCCUCCAGCAUGGCGCUUCUUACUAUCUGGUUUAG